AUGGCAUCCAAGUCUCCGGUUUCUGCCGCAUCGCAGCGCAAAGUCUCGUCCACACCCGACGCAAACCCGACGACAGUCCCGAGCUCUCCGCAUGCGUUUCCGACGCCGCAGACAUUUGAUUUCUUGCCGCCGCUGCAUGCUUUAUUACUGCGACUGGUAUCUACUACUACGACUACUUCGUCGACAUCUUCGGCACCGACAAAUAAUAACCAGACAGCUGCUGGUGAUGUUGUAGGAGCUGGCUCUGCCGUCCAGCAGAACCACCAGCAGCAGCAACAACAACAACAACAACAACCAAAAGCUUCUCAACAGUCUAACACCGCACAUUCCACACAAACUACUAUCCACAACCAACCCAGCGACGCCUCCUUACUCGGCACUGCUGCUGCCACGACCAGCGGUGUCCUCCCUCCCCUCGAAGCCAAAAACCUGCCCACCGCAGCCAGCGCCAUCAAAAUCCGUAUUCAAAAGGCGCGCGCCGUCGUCGAGAAACUGCCGGAUAUUGAUAGAUCGGUGACACAGCAAGAAGACGAGAUUGAAGAGUUGGAGGAGCGCAUUGCGCGUUUGUCUGCUGUGGUUGCGGAGUUUGGGCGGAGAGCGGCGACGACGACGUCAACCACGGAUGUAGCUACUACAGCUGGAAAAGAAGUUGAUAUGAUGGAUACAGCGGCUUGA